CUCGAGGAACACACAGCACAAUUGUUGUUUAUUGCAUAUCUGCAGGCGAAAGCUCAGUGUUCAGGGUAGCGAAGGCGAAGUCAGUGCAUCCACCACCAUGGCUGGAGAGCAAGGGCACCACCGGGGAGGAGCGCAAGGAGGCGGCUACGCCGUCGGGGACGACUACAUGCGAGCCAUCCGCGGGGACGACUACAACUACGGCGGCUACGGCCAGAGCCAGGGCCAGGGCCAGAACCAGGCGGUGGCCGUCACCCUCGGGAAGGGGGUGGCCGCGGCAGCGGCGGCCGGGUCGAUGCUGUUCCUGUCGGCCCUGGCGCUGACGGGCACGGUGGUGGCGCUGGUCAUCGCGACGCCGGUGAUGGUGAUCUUCAGCCCCGUGCUGGUGCCAGCGGCCAUCGCCGUGGCGCUGCUGACCACCGGGUUCGUGUCGUCUGGGGCGCUCGGCGCGGCGGCCAUGGGCGUGCUCGCGUGGAUGUACAGGUACCUGUCGCGCGGGUCGUCCUCGCCGCCGGGAUCCGACAAGGUGGACCACACCGGCGCGAAGCUGGACUCCAAGGCGCACGAGGUGAAGAACUGGGCGCAGCAGCGCAUGGACCAGGCACGGACCCAGUAGAGUGAUCUCGUUUGCCCAGCAAGCGUUACCGCUGCUAGAAAGAUGAGUGUGUGCAUCAUCAGUAUAUGUAUGGAAGUGUGUUCCUCCCGUGGCUGCGAGCGGUGUUACCAUCUACGAAUAAAUAAGUUGCAUGUGUACGUAGUACUUGUAGCAUCUAGAAGUAGAGGAGAUGAAGUUUUAGUUGGCCGGUGGAUGGAACGCAGCUGAGAAUAAAUCCAGUUCAACCGA